AUGCGCGCCCACGGCACCCCUUUCCCCGCCUUCCAGCCUCAGGUCCGGCAGGCCAGCCCCAGUCCGGAGGCCACCCCGAAUGAGGCCGAAGGCUCCACAGGAGCAGAGCAUGAAGAAGGCUCCAGAGCAGCAGAGCAUGAAGGAGGCUCCAGAGCAGCUGAGUGUGAAGGAGAAGGCUCCAGAGCAGCCAAGGGUGAAGGAGAAGGCUCCCGAGCAGCAGGGGGUGAAGGACAAGGGUUCAGAGCAGCAGAGGGUGAAGGAAGAGGCUCCAGAACAGCAGAGCGUGAAGGAGAAGGCUCCAGAUCAGCACAGGGUGAAGGAGGAGGGUCCAGAGCAGCAGAGGGUGAAGGAGAAGGCUCCCGAGCAGCAGGGGUGAAGGACAAGGGUCCAGAGCAGCAGAGGGUGAAGCAGGCUCCAGAGCAGCAGAGCGUGGAGAAGGCUCCAGAGGAGCCGAGGGUGAAGGAGAAGGCUCCCGAGCAGCAGGGGGUGAAGGAGAAGGCUCCAGAUCAGCACAGGGUGAAGGAGGAGGGUCCAGAGCAGCAGAAGGUGAAGGAAGAGGCUCCAGAGCAGCAGAGUGUGAAGGAGAAGGCUCCCAAGCAGCAGGGGGUGAAGGAGAAGGCUCCAGAGCAGCAGAGUGUGAAGGAGAAGGCUCCCAAGCAGCAGGGGGUGAAGGAGAAGGCUCCCAAGCAGCAGAGGGUGAAGCAGGAGGCUCCAGAGCAGCCGAGGGUGAAGGAGAAGGCUCCAGAGCAGCUGAGGGUGAAGGAGAAGGCUCCAGAGGAGCCAAGAGUGAAGGAGAAGGCUCCAGAUCAGCACAGGGUGAAGGAAGAGGCUCUAGAGCAGCAGAGCGUGAAGGAGAAGGCUCCCGAGCAGCAGGGGGUGAAGGACAAGGGUCCAGAGCAGCAGAGGGUGAAGGAAGAGGCUCCAGAACAGCAGAGCGUGAAGGAGAAGGCUCCAGAUCAGCACAGGGUGAAGGAGGAGGGUCCAGAGCAGCAGAGGGUGAAGGAGAAGGCUCCCGAGCAGCAGGGGGUGAAGGACAAGGGUUCAGAGCAGCAGAGGGUGAAGGAAGAGGCUCCAGAACAGCAGAGCGUGAAGGAGAAGGCUCCAGAUCAGCACAGGGUGAAGGAGGAGGGUCCAGAGCAGCAGAGGGUGAAGGAGAAGGCUCCCGAGCAGCAGGGGGUGAAGGACAAGGGUCCAGAGCAGCAGAGGGUGAAGCAGGCUCCAGAGCAGCAGAGCGUGAAGGAGAAGGCUCCAGAGGAGCCGAGGGUGAAGGAGAAGGCUCCCGAGCAGCAGGGGGUGAAGGAGAAGGCUCCAGAUCAGCACAGGGUGAAGGAGGAGGCUCCCAAGCAGCAGGGGGUGAAGGAGAAGGCUCCAGAGCAGCAGAGUGUGAAGGAGAAGGCUCCCAAGCAGCAGAGGGUGAAGCAGGAGGCUCCAGAGCAGCCGAGGGUGAAGGAGAAGGCUCCAGAGCAGCUGAGGGUGAAGGAGAAGGCUCCAGAGGAGCCAAGAGUGAAGGAGAAGGCUCCAGAUCAGCACAGGGUGAAGGAAGAGGCUCCAGAGCAGCAGAGCGUGAAGGAGAAGGCUCCCGAGCAGCAGGGGGUGAAGGAGAAGGAGAAGGCUCCAGAGCAGCCGAGGGUGAAGGAGAAGGCUCCAGAGGAGCCGAGGGUGAAGGAGAAGGCUCCCGAGCAGCAGGGGGUGAAGAAGGAGAAGGAGAAGGCUCCAGAGCAGCUGAGAGUGAGGGAGAAGGCUCCCGAGCAGCAGAGGGUGAAGAAGGCUCCAGAGCAGCACAGGAUGACCGCGUCACUGUUGACUGUGGUAAUGGUAGUGGUCACAGUGGUGGUGGCGGCAGUGCUGUUGAAGAGAACAGUGACCGCAGAUGUGGGGAUGGCUCAGGACAUGACGGUGGUGACAACAAAGACAAAGGAGAUCUUGUCGGAGAAGGUGAUGGCGGAGGGGAGGCCUGUGAUGGAGGAAGAGAGGACAGUCCCGGUGGAGGGGAACACGGCAUGGGCAGUGAAGGCACAGAAGACGGUGGUGACAGAUCCAGAGAUGGUGCAGGAGGGGAAGGCGGUGGUGGCAAAGGCGGCAGCACACAAGUUGGUGAAGACUUUGGUGGACGGUAUGACAGCUACAAAGGAAGAGAAGGUGACGGCGGCAGAUGCAGAAAAGACGAUGGCGGCAGAGGCGAAAGCCUGGGUGACAAGGGCUAUGGAGAUGUUCCUGGAGAUGGUGAUGCAGAAGACAAUCGAAGGGUUGGUGGAGAAAGCGACAGCAGUGCUGGCGGGGAUGACAGUGGAGCAGAGUAUUGUGGCAUCGGCAGUGUUGGUGGUGGUGGCAGUGGUGGUGCCCAUGGCACUAAGGUUCAUCAGGGAAUCCGUCCAAGAAGAAGGCAUCAUGAUGGUGCUCUGCUCCAUCGCUGAGGAGAGGAAGAUAGCUAAAAAGAAGGGCACAAGGUUUUGGGGUUUCUUUGUAGGUCUGUUCAGAGCCCAACCCAAAGAAACUGCUGAGGAGGAGGCUUGGAGUCCUUUAGAUGCAUGGAUAUGCGGACUCUCAAAGUCAAUUCCUCGGGCUCUAAUGGAGCUGCCACCUGAUAAGAAGCAAAAGCUCUUGAAUGAAUGUAAGGGCAUCAUCAGGGAUCUGAAGUACACAGAUGACAAGGAGCUGAACAGACUGGUCAUGGGUAGUGAGGACCUGAAGCAGCAGCUACUGUGGAAGCUGAAAAAGUACCUCAACGAAUAAACUUCAGUAAUUAGAGCCUGGUGCAAAACUCGGAAGACUCCAGAGAGGACAGAUGGAAAGGCGAGGCUUCCCCCUGCAUGCAGGCCUACCCCAGCCCCCUCCCCGGGGGCAGCCACCGUGCCCCGGUCUUGGGUUUUCCCUUACUCCCCUUGAAAUGGUCUUUGGAAACCAUAAUCAUUUCCUUGCGUUUGUGUUUAUUGAUGAAAGCUUAGAAAAAUGCAGAAAAGCAUCAGGAGACCACUUUUCAGUGUUACCAUCCAGAAAAUCACCCUUAAAGGACUGUGUUACACAUUCCUCCAGCUUCAGCACAGCUUCUAAUACCACGUGUCGGCAUCUCCAACACACUCACGUUCUUCCCGUUCAGACUUCUUUGCACGUUGUUACCAAUUAACACCAACAUCUGUGACGUCGUCCUUCAAAAUGUCUUGUGAAUAUGCGUCAUGGCGUGGAGCAUCCCGGCACCGAGCCCGGUCCCCGGUGUGGUUUUCACUGCUGCAGCGAACAUUCUGUGUUCACCUUCCGUCACAUCUUGGACUCGGACAGACGGUCGUUCAGACACAUUCCCCAGAGUAAGACUGCCGGAGCAAAAAGUCUGCGGGGUUUCUGAAGGUCUUACAUUCAAUCAAAGUUCUUUCGAGACAGGGAGUGUCCGUAAGGUGCCCUCCCCGCCACAGGGUUUGGGGUACACAUCUCACUGCAUCUGCACCAAGACACAGGAGGAGGGUGUAUCACAAUUCCUUAUUAGAUGGGUGCUUGUGGACAUCUUGGUUGGAUUCGGUUUCCUUUGCUAAUGGGGGUGACAAGGCCGGGGUGGCCUCCUGCUGGCCCUCUCCCCAGGUGGUGUUGACGCACGCCCCCCAGGCCCAGUGGCUGACUCCCAGCAGAGGGUGAGGGGGUCCCAGCCUGAGCAGAGGGCUGGCUGUGGGCUGGCCCCUACGCUGGCAGGGUGGUGGCAGGUGGGCAGUGACAACGGGGUGGCUGGAAACAGCAGGGGGCUGCCAGCAGGGCAAAGAGGCAGCCGAGGAGGAGCCUUGGUGGGGGUGGGGGACCCAGUAAUUAUAGAAAGAAACCAUCUGUUCGGGCCGGUUAUUAACCUGCUUUGGGUGUAGACACGACAGCGCCGGGCAAGGCUCUUCGCGGGCAGAUGUUUGUAUUUUUAGCUGGAAUGAGCUCUCUUAUUUUUCCGUUUUCUGAGAUGUCUGGGUUGGAUGUAAACACGACGGAGGUGUGUUGCAACGUGGGGGGGGGGGCAGUGAGGCCUGGGGCUCCAGGGUUGGAAGGAGGUGGUCCUCUCCCCACUACUUGUUGAGAGGAGCCAUCUAGUGGGCAAGGCGGCGCAUCCUCUCCCUUCCCUCUGUCUCCCUGGGUCACCUGCCAGGCCAGCAGGUGGCUCCUCAAGGAUGCCCUGUUAGGACUUCCCCUGGGCAGGGGGCUGGGGUCUUCCUGAGGUUUGAAUAAGCCACGAGCACAGCGUCACCAUGUGUCCUGCAACGUGUCUGCAGAGAAACCAGAACGUGUCUCGAUCCGGAACAAUCAAAAUAUGGGAAUGAAGAUCCGCCCGGACUGGCCUAAACCACCCCGGGAAGGGGGCUGUGGGGAGGUAAAUGGCUUUACUGGCCAGAGGAGGCUUCUCGGAAGACUUGCUAACGGCGGGUCAGGAGGCGAAGCUGGGGCCCGGCCGCCUGACUUGCAGCUUCGGGGCAGCCGUGGGGACCCCAGAUGCUGGCAGGCAGGGGGAGCCGCGAGGGGUUUCUCUCCACUACUGACGUGGUGGCUGUUUCUUUCAUUCGUGUGCGUCUCAGGGACGGCCUUUCCCCCUUCUCCUUUGCAACGAAGCAAAGGCCUGAACGAUUAAUGGGUGAACGUCCAUACAAACGACCCGACCCAAACUGGCAGGGCCGCAGGAUGACGACGCACACAGAGCGGCGGCGACCACGCGCCGGGACACGGUCCUCUGGGAGAGAGGCUUGAAGAAGAAAAGGCUCAGGAACCAGGAAGCUGCACACACUUUCCAGCCAAGACACUGCACUUCAGGGGGACAGGACGAGACAAGAAUCUCAAUGGAAACGAGAUCAAGACGCCCAGGGCCCUGCUGUUUGGGGCAGCGGGAGAGGAGGGAGCCGCCCCAGGGCCGAGCACCAGGGAGGGAGUCAAGGUGCCUCCUGGGCAGCGUCAUCACUGACUUCAAUGCGGAGGAGACGGGGAUGGGCCUCUGGGAUUCAGAUCGGCUGCCUACACCGCGUGUGCCCCACGGCAACUUCACACUUACGGGCUUGGGGGGAAUAAAGAGAAAGACAAACGGGAACUGGUGCUGGGGACCGCUCGGGGUUCCCGGGCAGGGAGAGCCUGGCUCAGAGGAAGCCGCACAGGUGGACCAGGAUCUCCGGGUGUGGCACCUCGUGCCCGGGGGGAUUCCAGGGUGUAAACACGUGCAUUAUGCACCUGUCCCGAAACCAAACAGGAACCAGCCUGGCCCCCAGCUCCCGGGGCUGCCUCCCAGGGACCGUCCACCGCCGCCCCGACUGGCCUGGAGGCCCUCCCUCUCGGAGGCCUGGCCCCGCUGGCACGGGAAAGGGUCCCGCUCAUCCCCAGGCGGGUGGCACAGGCACCUAGGCUUCCGGGCAGGAGGGCCUGCCGAGCCGGGGGCCCUUUGGGACGUGGGGUCUUCUCUCUGGUGUCUCUGCAACAGGACGUAACACAAGCCGCAAGUGUGAGCCCGUCAUAAAGGACCGCACAGAGCACAAUUCCAUGCGUAGCUAAUGUCCGAAUAGGCAAUCUGCAGAGACUGAAGACCAAUGGAUAGGGGUCAGGGGCUGGGGCAGGGGAGAAUGUGCUUGGGUGCCCAGAGGUGUAGGGUUUCUUUUGGGGUGUAAACAAUCCCCUGGAAUCAAGUAGUGGGAAUGGGUACAUGAUUCUGUGAAUACACCAGGAGUCUCUGAACGGCAAACUUUAGUGGAUGGAUGGAUUUUCUGCCAUGUGAAAUUUAUCCCAACACAGCUGUUUAAAAAGCAACUUUUACCUCUGUAGCCACUGCUCCAUUUCUCUGUCCCUGUGCAGUGCAAUUCCUCAAAAGACUUUGCCAGUUCGGCUUGCUUCUGGGUGCUUUCCAGCAGACAUUUGGUAGAAGAAAUAAAAAUAAAAUGGUGUUUCGCAAACGCUAAUUCACGUGGGAACCAUCGCUGGUUCCUGCUGACAUGUAGAUACUUGGGCCUCACUCCAGGGUCCUGCAUGUGCAACAAGUUCAGAUGCUACCUCGGGUCAGUAGACGACAGCAGGAGGUGACUGGUGCAAAACACGGCAAGUCAGGAGCUUGAACGGUUGCUCUAGAAGUGUAAGUAACUCAGUUGAAACUUGUAGGAUAGGGGUCCCUGGGAGGCCCACCUGGUGAAGCAUCUGCUUUCAGCUCAGGUCGUGAUCCCAAGCGCUGCAUCAGGCUCCCGGGUAGGAGGAGGGGGAGGAGGGUCUGCUUCUCCCUCCCUCCCAGGUCUUGCGUUUUUUUCUCUCUCUGAAAUAAACUCGUAAAACUUUAAAAAAUAAGUCACGUGCUAGAGCUUCCUGGGACGCGGAGGGUUGCAAGUAUUACGCUUUGUUAACAGUAAGAUGUUUGGAAACAAGGGGACUUUUCACAGCGCAGGGUCAGUGACCUUGGGGAGGUCUGAUGAAGCACUUGGAAGGUCUUUGUUCACGCUCAAAACCUAGUCCCAAUGUGGUUUCCACCUCUAAAGCUUGCAGCUCCCGUGUCUUACCUAAUUUGUCUGAAGAAGAGAAACGCCGCUCGGGGGACAGAGCGUGGGCGUCAAUGGAGUACGCAUAAGGGAGAGGCCUGGUUCCAGGCCCGAACACUGGCCAAGGCGGCCGACGUGCGCCGUGGGAGCUCCGCUAGCCCCGAGCUCCCCGAGCACAGCUGAGCAGGCCGAGCUCCUGCGGCGCAGCACACGGAGGCUGUUGUACUGUAGGGGUCGCAGGGCCUGGUUCUCCCUCCACAGGACGGAGGCAAGGAGGCCUGUGUCUCCGGAGCUACCCCAGCAAGGGGCGCGCUUCAAGGGUCCCGGGCGCUGAGCGCAGGCCGGGAAGUGGUGCCGCGACGUCAGCACCCACGGUCCUUGGUCCUUGGUCCUUGGUCCACGCCUCCACACGGUUCAUUGUGUUAGACGCUCUGUUCGGGCCGGGGAGAGGCGGGCUCCCCGCGGGGCCCCGACGCGGGCCUCGAUCCCGGGACCCGGGGUCACGCCCCGA